AUGAUGAGAAACUCCCGGUUUCUGUUGGUCGUAUGUAACAAGGCUCCCGCGAGACCUGGUCCCAUGCUCUAUGGAUGGGGUCGCACCGAGCAAAAGAGGCGGCUUGAGUACGAGUCGGUGGAAUCUAAGUACCACAAACGGGAGUUCAACAAGAACUGGGACCUUGCCGGCGUAGAGCAGAGGUAUACGGACUUCAUGGUUGUGCGGACGUACUUUUCUAUUGGCUCCCGUUGGGGCACCUGGGUGUAUAACAUGCUUCAGUUCUACGUUCUCGCGUUUCUCCCCAUAUUUGCGUUCAUGCACACGCUACACAAAAAUGUAGAGUGGUACGACGAGCGCAUCCGGCACGCAGCUUGGUGGUAA